CAACGUCGCUGAACAAGCUCAACAUCCGCCCACUAUUAUAUUUAGUACCUCCGCCGCGCCGCGGCAGCACGUACGAAGUACUUCGUACGUACCACGCAUCCAUUAGGGGGCCCCGCUUGUGUUGCGGCCAACGUCAAGUCGGCUACAGAAGGGUUGGGCGUGUUCGCGUUCGUAGCGAGCGCCGCGCCCUUGGCAGCCUUUAACCCGUCCCUUAGUAAGGUUCUAGCCUAGGCGACGAUGCCGAGUACAACGUGUGCCCCAGUCCUGGGCGGGCAGGCAUCAGAACCUGGACACAGUUCCCGCCCCGAUGACAAGCAGCGCAAAGUCCGCAAGGGCACCCGGAGCUGCUGGGGAUGCAAGCGGCGAAAGAUCCGGUGCUCGUUUUCGACACCGUCCGACUCCGUCUGUGUCCCGUGCCGGCGGCGUCGUACCAACUGCGUGAGCCAGGAGCACCCCGAGGAAAUGGCGGGGCCGUCAUUGCCUGCUGUAGGCCGCGACCACCGAAUGGACGAUCGGAUUGUUCGAGUCGAGGCCAUCAUCGAGAAACUGGUCAAGCAAGUGGGCAACGGUGCCCAUACUGCCUCUUCGUACCCCGGGUCAAGCGACGGAGCAGACGUGGCCCCCUCCUUAGCUGCGAAUAGUAACGCGCCAGAGCCAGAUAUGCCAUUGGAUAGCUUUCGUCUCGACGAGGAACCGUCGCGCGCAUCCUCGACGGUGCCGACACCGGAGACACGAAGAGCCCCGGGACCGACUACUCCUUCCCGCUGCCUCUCUCCUUGCGGCAACAUCUCGGCCAUACUGCACGCAGCCUUGCCACCCAUCGAGGACGUUCGCUUGAUCAUCAAGGCAGGCAUUGACGUGUCGUUCCACAAGCUCAUCACCCAUCCGCUCACCGUGCUCGCUCAAGAGCCGGGAGGGUGGAAGGGCAACCUAGCGGCGAUACCUGACGCAAAGACGCAUCCGGUUCUGCUCGCCAAGUAUCUACUCAUCAUGGCCACAUGUCUGCAGUUUGCGCACCCAGACCUCCAUGGCGAGGAGAUCAGUCUCCUGUCCGAACCGCCGCCUCAAAUGAUGCGCCGACUCGCUGACACGGCAACUGACCUUGUGACCAACAAUGACAAUCUUGUAGACUGUGUCGAGGGACUCGAGUGCGUCAUGCUCCAGUCUCUCUUUGAGGCGAAUGGUGGCCGUCUUCGGCGCGCUUGGUUCGCCUGCAGGCGCGCCAUGUUGAUUGCGCAGAGUAUGGGCCUCCACCGCAGUCGCAUACAACAGCCACUCAAAGUCAUCGACCCUAACCAGCCUGUAUAUCCAUGCUACUUCUGGUACCGCAUCGUCUGCACGGAUCGACAGCUGUCCUUGAUGCUGGGUCUGCCGCAGGGUUCUCAAGAUGUCUCCAUGGGAUCGGAAGCAGCCCUCGCGAGCGACAACAUCCUAGGCAGAUUCGAGCGCAAGCAAUGCGUCAUCGCAUCGCGAAUUCUCGAUCGCAACGAGUCGGCAGACGCACAUGUGGUGGAUGACUUCGCGACGCUGCGAGAGAUUGAUGCCGACCUCCAAAAGGCUGCCAACGAGAUGCCUGACAAGUGGUGGCUGGUUCCCAAUCUCGCUAGUGUGGCUCGCGACCCGGAAAAGAUGUUCUGGGAAACGAUUCGCUUGCUUGAGCAGAUGCUCUACUUUAACUUACUCAACCUCCUGCACCUACCGUAUAUGCUUCGGUCAAACACGCCCGACACCACCAAGUAUGAAUACAGCAAGCUGACGAGUGUCAAUGCAUCACGGGAGCUCCUAGCGCGGUUUGUCAUGUUUCGUUCCUUCAACCGCGUAGCCUUUUGCUGCCGAUCCGUCGAUUUUUUCGCCCUUAUAGCCGCCAUGACGCUAGUGAUUGCCCUUCUCGACGGACACGAUAAGCAGCGGCAGCGGCGAGGGGGAUCCGAUAUUUCGGGAAUCGGUAUGCUCCCACAUCAAAGAAAUAGCGACCGAGCCAUGAUGGAGCAGGUUCUCGACAACAUGCAAGAGGUUGCCAGGGCGAGCUCGGAUGCUUUGAGUAAGCGUAGCUCGAUCCUGCUCAAAAGUCUGCUCGAUCUCGAGAAAGCCGCAGUUGAGGGAAAGUCGCACGAGCACAACGCGCGAGCGAACGGCAGUGCCGCGACGACGGCUACGGCAGAUGCCUACACCGAGUCGGCCGUUGAUAACGGGCCAUCUAUCCGCAUCUGUAUUCCCUACUUUGGCACCGUCAGAAUUGGCCGCGAUCGUGUGGUAGCCAUCGAAGCUCAACAGCGCGCUACAGGCCCCCCGGCCAUGGAGCAAUCGCCUGUGCUGACUAGCACUGUCACUGCCUCAUCGGCAGAACGAGCGCCUGAAGGCGGGUAUCAGCCUGAGCAGGCCAACGAAUGGUUUGGUGCUGACGUCUUGAACUCCGGACCGGGCUCGUCCAACGCUGGCAGGCUGGAUGAAUCGCUGACGUCUCCGCACAUGCGACAGCUCACCCAGAUACCUAUCACGGCAGGGCCACUACUGGCGGAGCAAGUGCACCAGCAACUAUUUACGAGUUCCGUCAACGACGUUUUGCAGCGGCAGGACCCGUGCCCUAGCCAGAUCGCAGGAAUGGACGAUUGGGCGUUUCAUGACGUUGACACGGCCUUUUUUGAAAGACUAUUCAGAGGUCCCGGUGGGGGAGAGGUUGGUUAUGACGGCAUUUGGGCGGAUUGGGGAGGCGUCUAGUAGGUAAGCGCUGCGGCUAUGGGACCAAUCCUCGGUUCGGGCGCGGCCAUUAUCUUCUUGAUGCUUUAUAUAUAGGACAAUGA